AUGGCCAACCACGGCACGCAGAACUCGCAGCCGCAGUUCUCCUUCCAGAACUUCUUUCAGGAGGCGCAGAAGGACCUCCCCUUCCACCAGCGUCCGGAACCGAACACGGCUGCGCUGAGAAUGGAGCGCAAGGCGUCGAAUGUUGGUCCGGAUGGCUCGUUGGCGAGGGAGAACCACGAGGACCAGCCGAUGUGGAAGAGGCUGCCGGCUUGGGUGUACAUUAUCGCUUGGAUAGCUACAUCUUCUGCAGUCAUUCUGCAGAACGCCCACAUCCUCUCGGAUCUCAAGUUUAGGCACCCCGUCGCUCUUACGACGAUCCACCUCGCCUUCCAGACGCUCGCGACGCGUCUCUUGCGGCGGUACACGAACAUGGUCGACAAGGCAAAGGAGCUUGAGGCGACGGGAACGAUGAAUCGCGACUCUUUCUUGCGCAAGAUCGUCCCGGUCGGCCUCCUCUUCUCCGCCUCGCUUGUCCUGUCCAACUGGGUCUACCUGCGGCUCUCUGUCUCCUUUAUCCAAAUGAUCAAGGCUUUCACGCCCGUCUCGGUCCUCCUCGUCUCGGCGUCCUUCGGGCUCAAGGAGCUCACGCGCAAGAUUCUCCUCAUUGUCUCGCUAAUCUCGUUUGGCGUCGCUCUCGCGUCGUACGGCGAGGUCGAGUUUGAGUUGAUAGGCUUCCUGGUUCAGGCUCUUGCUAUUGGCAUUGAGAGCUGCCGCCUUGUGCUGGUGCAGAAGCUGCUCCAGGGCUUCGGGCUGGACCCGAUCGCUUCCCUCUACUACCUCGCACCGGUCUGCCUUGUCGUGAACGCCAUCAUUCUCUUGCCGGUUGAGGGCUUCGAGGUCUUCUCUAAUGCGGUCGAGCUUGUCGGAAUUCCGUAUCUCCUCAUGAACGCAUGCCUCACCUUUGCCCUCAACCUGGCCUCGGUCUCGCUUAUCGGCAAGGCUUCGGGCCUUGUCUUGACCCUUUCCGGUGUCCUGAAGGAUAUCCUCCUCAUUGCUGGCUCCUGGGCCUUGAUGGGCUCUACCAUCACCGGGAUCCAGAUCCUCGGCUACGCUAUUGCGCUGGCUGGUCUCGUGUGGUUCAAGCAGCAGUAG